AUGGACAAACUUGAAAAAAGAGCCGUCAUUAAAUAUCUUGUAAAAAAAGGCUUAUCAGCCACAGAAAUUUUUGAAGAUAUGCAAAACGUAUUAAGAGAAUAUGCUCUUUCUUAUGAAACCAUCAAAAGAUGGGUUUCUGAAUUUAAACAUGGAAAAACAAGCGUUAAAAAUGAUCCACGUAUUGGGCGCCCUAAAACUGCAACGACUAAGGAAAUCAUUGAAAAAGUCUACGAAAUGAUAAUGGAUGACAGAAGAUUAACAGUCUCGAAGAUAGCUGAGAAGAUGGAAAUUUCAGAGAAACGCACAUUUCAUAUAAUAACUGAAGAAUUGGAUAUGAAAAAGAUGUCUGUAAUAUAG